AUGAAAAAAUUCUCGGUUUCAUCUGAAAGUCCAUGUCAUGAUGGCUUCGGUUCUGGAUCUUUGAACUGGUUGUUACACGCGCGUUAUGUCAGGGGCGAACAUGCAUUGUGCUUGGAAUUAGCUGAUCAGUUGCAGAAACAACAUGAAAAUAAACAUAGAUUUGCUCACUACAUAAAGGGGUCAGUGCUGGCUGAUGCGGGUAGACUACAGGAAGCCUUGGAGAAAUACCACAACUGCAUCAGGCUGCAACCACAAGAUCCCGAACCAUUAAAACAAGUUGCGAAAUGCUUGUCUCGUCAAGGACGCUUCCAGCUGUCCCAUGAAGCUUAUUUAGAGGCUAACAAAUUGUCUAACCAUCCAGACCCCGAUAUAUAUUCCGCUUUAGCUGAAUGUUGUUGGCACCUGGGUGAGUUGGAACGAGGAGUAGAGUGGGCGCGCUCGGCGGUGCAGGCGGGGGGCGGUGAGCGAGCAGCGGCCCUCCUUGCCAAACUUCUACUUGCCUCUGACGAUAUACAGGGCGCCCUCAACGCUUAUGACCAGGCCUUGUCCACGCACGCAUGCGGGGCCGACACACUUGCUGAGGCCGGAGCUCUCCGUCUACGAUCUGGUGACCCUCGGAGUGCCUUUCAACUUCUGGGUGCGGCAUUAGCGCAGCAACCAACCCAACAUGCCGCUGCACUGGCCCUAGCGGCCAUGAUGCUUCAGCACAGGGACUUGGACGCGGCCUUAGCAAGACUCAAAGCAGCUCUCACAGCUCAUCCAACCUGUGUGGCUGCUCACACAAACCUUGGAAUGGCAUUAUUGUCUAAGAAGAAAUACAUUGCUGUUGGCGCUGACGUGCCUGCAGCGCGCUGCUUGGACGGCGCCACUAAGCGCGCGUGCGGCACACAACCUGGGCCUGGCUUUACUCGUGUGCAAACGCCACGCAUCCGCCUUCUGCCGCCUAGCUACUGCUGCAGCUCUACAACCAUUUCAGCCCUACACGGCAUAGCUUUAGAGCGGUUGGGCGAUAGCCGAGCUGAUGCAGCAUACUCCCGUGCAGUUGCUUUAGCAACCGAUGACCCCCUCAUCCGGCUAAACUUAGCAGGCAGGCACGCCCGAGCGGGUCGUGUUACUCAGGCUGUCGAGGAAGCUGCAAUCACGGCCGAGCUAAUACAGAAAGAAGAGAAACCCGAUGCUCAGCUCGCUAGUUCUCUAGCUUCAUUACUGGCUCUACUCAAAGAUGCAGGAGUAGGACUGUCUCAACUUCCAGUUUCCGUCCCUAAGCUUGAAAAUGCAAAACCGGCCAAUAGCAACGAUGCAGCUAUUGAAGAAGAACAAUUACAAUCCGACGAGAUCGAGUGCAAAGAGCGUACAGCGAGCCUUGUGGUCCUCCCACCGCUUGUUAUAGGAUACGAGGAACUGUACAACGACUCUCCAGAAAAUGGCAAAAAUGUAACGCAGAACGUAGAACAAGAUGCUAAGGGAAAGGAAAUAGUGAUAGACGGAAUCAAUGAAAAAAACAUUAAAGAUAUCGUGAACGGAGAGAUAGAUAAACUGAUGCAAAAGGAUAAAACUAUAGAACAAAAGGAUGCCGGUACGCUGAUAGAUGUGAAAGGCAGAAGACGCAAUUACAGACGCUCCCAGAGGGGUCGUAGACGGCAGAGAAUUAUUGAAAAUACAGAAUAA